CUGUCAAAUUCAAAUCUGAAAUCAAAAUUCAAAAUCAAAUUAAGAAAAUAACGCUCAAUUUGAUUUGAAACGAAGCAUAAUAAAACUUUAAUUUCAUAUUCUUAUUUCAUAGUGUUGAGUAUUCACACUAUUAAGAUUUUAAUGAUAGAAUACAUUUCCGUCGGUCAUUAUGAGAGUUCCACUUCCACUUCACGUAGAAAUCGUACAAAAGAGAUCGAGUCGUGCGAAUAAGGAUUUUAUAAAACAAAUAGUGCAUUCUUAUUUAGCAAAUUUUGCGACUAUAUUGCCCGGUGCGACGUUAUCCAAGGAGUUGGAAGACGUUCCCGCUGUCGCGGAACACGUCAAAUAUAUAAGCUUUUGUGAUGCGGAGCAGGAGGCCGAGGUGGCCGCGAACGAGUGCGAGUUCAUAUUCCACGUGUGCCGCCUGGACACAGCCGGCGCCGAGGUGGACAGUGUAGCUGACGCGGCCGGCGACGAGAUUACAGCUGCCACCGUGUGGGCGCUGCCGCACGAGGAGCUGCACGGGCUGUGGGACAGUCUCGUGUACGACUCUCAGCUCAAGCAGGACGCGUUACGCUUCGCCGAGACGGCCUUCGAGUUCGGCGAGCGCGGCGUCGACCCCAACGUGGUCGGCGUCAACCGCGUGCUGCUCUUCCACGGGCCCACGGGCACCGGCAAGACGAGCCUGUGCCGCGCGCUGGCGCACAAGCUCGCCGUGCGGCUCGACGGGCGGUUCCCGCGCGCUCGCCUGCUGGAGAUCGACGCGCACAGCCUGUUCUCCAAGUGGUUCUCGGAGAGCGGCAAGCUGGUGGCGCGGCUGUUCGAGCGUGUGGGCGAGCUGGCGCAGGACCCGCGUCUGCUGGUGGUGGUGCUGGUGGACGAGGUGGAGUCGCUGGCGGCGGCUCGGAGCGCGGCGCUGCGCGGCCUGGAGCCGUCGGACGCCGUGCGCGCCGUCAACGCCGUGCUGACGGCGCUGGACCGGCUGCGGCGGCUGCCCAACGCGCUGGUGCUGGCCACGUCCAACGUGACGGGCGCCAUCGACGUGGCGUUCGUGGACCGCGCCGACAUGAAGCGGCUGGUGGGCCCGCCCACCGCGCGCGCCGCCUACGUCAUCCUGCGCGGCUGCUGCACUGAGCUGCAGGCGCGAGGAAUGGUGCACCCGUGUGGCGAGACGCUGUUAGAAGCGCGCGCGUUGGCUCUCGCCGGCCCGCUGGCGCGCGAGGCGGAGGGCAUGCGCUUGUCGCUCCGGCUGUGGGCGGUAGCGGAGGCGGCGGCGGAGGCGGGGCUCUCGGGGCGCGCGUUGCGAAGGCUGCCCUUCCUAGCGCGGGCGCUCCACACGGCGCCGCGCCCGCCGCCCGACCUGGCGCGCUUCGUAGAGGCCUUGCUCGCAGCCCUGCGCGCACAUGUCGCGGACUGUGAUGACUUGCGCGACGCUGCCAAUGUGCACACCAAUGUAUAAGUGAUAGUUGUAAUUAAGCUAAGUAGUAAGAUUUAAAAUUUAUUUUUAUGUAUAAUCUGUAAUUCUAAAUAGAGCGAGAGUUAUGCGGGCUAGUCUUAACUGUACACAGACAUUUUGAUUGUACAGUUAAAACUGCAGGGUAUGUAGCUUUAGGCCAAAAUUACUUUAUUUUAUUGUUGCUAUAAAAUAUUUUAAUGUGCGCCUCUGUCUAAUGUAUAAGGCUACUGUGAUAGAGAAGUACUAGCUGAUGCCGCACGGUUUUACCCGCGUGGCAUAAUGAACAAACUCUUCGUCUUUAUAUAUUAGUAUAGAUUUAUAGACAAUGCAACUUGAAAGUACAUACAUUUGGUACAUGUUGUUCAACAUAAUGUUUACCAACUUACUACAAGUCAAUUGUAUGUAUAUAAAUAGCCUUUUAUUUUCAAACAGCGUUUAGUUACAUGAGUUUUGAGUAUGAUCUGAUUAUAGUAUGUCCCGCUGUUCGUAAUGUCUCCUGACAUAGGCCUCCUUCUGCUGAUUCCACUGCACCCUGUCGGCCGCAACUCUGGUCCAGCGAAGCCCCAGGGUUAAGUGGAUGUCGUCUUCCCACCUUGUUGGACGUCCACGUUGUCUGGUAUUAUCUCUCGGGUACCAGUGUUGCCUGCUUGCUCCAUUUGUCAGUCUUGCAAUGUAACAUGUGAUCCAUCCAACCCCAUUUCAAGUGGUCGAUUCUUUUGAGAACAUCGGUAAGCUUUGUCUUGUGUUUGAAAUAAAACACUGGACAAUUGUAUGUAAAGAAGUGAAAUACCCCAUGGAUAGACCUGACUCCUGCAUAUACAAAUACCAAUAACCUAUGCUUCUUAGAAUAGGUACUCAUAACUGACAACUGCAUAAAUAUUGUGACGAACCAAUUCUACGAAUUACAAGUUUGACACUUGCAUUAGUAAAGGAUGUGUGUAAAUAACUUCAAAUGAAACGAAUAUGUAAUUAGUAUAUUUCAUUUAAUUAAUAAAUAAAAUUCAAUUCUUUUGUA